CUCUGUCUCGGGCCGAGGAGUCGAGUUGUUUCCCUAACUUUCCGUUCCAAACGCUCCAUACAUUCUAUGCGGCGCUGCGGCGGGAAACCAAAUGGGGUCGAGGUGCAAGAUAUGAACUUUAACAGAUGGUACUGAUGACCGAGCCGGCGGACAGACCUCUGACCCCGCUGUCCGCACCGGAGCAACUCUUGAACUCCCGUGGGAAUCGGCCGACGUCUGGGCCGGAGAAUGGAGUGGAGAGGAGACAGAGGAGGCGUGGAAGGUCAAAAACAGAUCCCACGCGGUGCGUGGACACCGAGUCUGAUCCAUCUGAAGGCAGGAGGAAAACAACCGGCCUGGGACUGAAACCUGUGGAGCAACUUUCCCCAAUGCUGAGCCCAAGUGACUUUGACGCAAAGUUUCAAAGGAGCAAAUCGGAGCCCGGUCAGUUGUCAAAGACAAAUAAACACUAUCACAAGUUGUUCAAAGAAGUCAGCAGAGAUGAGUCACUCAAGCAAAGUUACACUUGUGCCCUGCAGAAAGAUAUGUUAUAUCAGGGCAAAAUGUUUGUCUCUGAUAACUGGAUCUGCUUCCACUCCAAAGUCUUUGGCAGAGAUACUAAGAUUUCAAUCCCUGUCGUGUCCGUGACGUUUAUCAAAAAAACCAAAACUGCGUUAUUAGUGCCAAAUGCCCUUGUGAUUGAAACUGCAAGUGAUCAGCAUGUGUUUGUGUCGUUCCUCUCCCGAAACACAACCUACAAGCUUCUGAAAUCCAUCUGCAUUCAAUUGGAGGUGGAGAAGAAAUGUAACAGCGUUCUUAAUUCUUCCUUUGAAAACAGCCUGAGCGCCAGCUGCCCGUCGUCACUUCCCCUGGAUCUUUCUGGAGACUUCUCUGACUUGGACGGCGUCGUGCAGCAGAGACGGCAGGAGAUGAUGGAGAGCAGCAGCUCUGGGUCUCGGACUCCGGAUUAUGACAAACUAACCGACUUCACCAGCGUCCCAGACGCGUUCCUCAGUGCAACGAAGAGCACAGAGGUUUCAGUCCACGCAGACGUUCACCUGCAGACUCCAGGCCAGAAACACAGAGCGGCCCUCAACAACGGGACGGCCAAGACUGACCACGGAGUCAUAUUCAGAGACAAAUCCUCACAGUCCAUGCCGCUACUCGCCAUCCUCCUCAUCUACUUGGUGAUAGUCAGUGUUCUCGUCUUGUCCUCCUGUUACAUGGCUUUCAAGAUCAUGGCUCUUGAGCACCGGCUGAACUCCCUGAUAUCCAUGGGGGAGCGCAUUCGAAACGAGCAUGCCUUGAGCCACAGGUCCCAGGGUGAACUGAACGCUGAGUUCUAUGGCGAGCUGUCCACCAACCUGUUCAAGAUAGAAAAGAUCCAAAAGAACCUCCAGAAGCUACUUGAAGGAACUUAAAGGACGACCGUUGGACGAGAGCUCAAUCUUUUAUGAGACACAUUCCUUUAACAGCAGAAGAUCGGAUGCCAAAGUGUGGACGACUCGUGUAGAGAGUUGUCUUUAAUAUAAAUCGUGCAAUAUCUGUCCUCCUUUCCUCUCAGGACUCUUUUAUAUUUGAAGUCUUUCUCAAGACAAAAGUUGUGCUAGAGCAGAAACUGAGUGUAGAGCUAAGUGUGUGUGUGUGUGUGUGUGUUCCAGUGUUAGGGAUAGGAAAGCAAUAAUGUGUAGCUUUUGUCUUUGAUUAUACAUUUCAGAACAGUGGGAUAUGUAUAUCUAUAUAUAUAUAUAUAUAUAUAUAUAUAUAUAUAUAUAUAUAUAUGUA